AUGGCAGGGCCUUCACUGCCGUUGGAGCUCUGCAAGGGCGUCAAUGACCUUGACAAGAUCGUGCUCAGGGAACCUCGAGGCUGCUCCGCCGAGGUGUAUUUGUUUGGAGGUCAGGUGACAUCCUGGAAAAAUAAUCGUAGGGAGGAGUUGCUUUUUGUUAGUAGUAAGGCCGUCUUUAAGCCCCCACAAGCUAUCCGUGGUGGCAUCCCAAUAUGUUUCCCACAAUUUUCAAGCUCUGGAAAUCUCGAACGACAUGGAUUUGCCAGGAAUAAGUUUUGGACUGUCGAUACUAAUCCGCCACCUUUACCAACGAGUUCCGCCGUCAAGAGCUAUGUCGACUUAAUCCUAAAGCCAACCCCGGAAGAUCUCAAGAACUGGCCUCACAGUUACGAGUUCCGCCUUCGAAUUGCCUUGGUACUGGGAGGAGAUCUCUUGUUGACAUCGCGCAUAAGAAACACCAAUCCUGAUGGAAAACCCUUUUCCUUUACUAUUGCCUUCCACACUUACGUUUCCCUCUCGGAUAUCAGUGAAGUGCGGGUUGAAGGUCUGGAGACUUGGGAUUACCUUGACAAUUUGAAGGAUGGACAGCGUUUCACUGAACAAGGAGAUGCACUUACAUUUGAGUCUGAGAUCGACAGAGUCUACGUGGGCAUACCAACUAAGAUCGCAAUCAUAGACCACGAGAAGAAAAGGACUCUAGUGAUGCGCAAAGAUGGGCUGCCUGACGCCGUGGUGUGGAACCCUUGGAACAGAAAGGCCAAGUCCAUUCCAGACUUCGGGGAUAAUGACUACAAACACACUCUCUGCGUGGGAGCUGCGAACAUCGAGAAGCCGAUCACUCUGAAGCCUGGCGAAGAAUGGACCGGAAGGCUGGAGCUUUCUCUCGUGGCUUCCAGUUACUGCAGCGGCCAACUCGAUCCCCAAAAGGUUCUCCAAGGAUUAUGA